UAUCCAGGAGGCUGGGAUAUGAUUAGGAAAUGAGGAGAAAGUAAGACUUUCCUAAUAUUCUACUCCUUAAGAGAUGGUUCAUAUUCAAGAAAAUAAAAACAAGAACUGGAGUUAAAUGAUCAUUUUCCAAAGGGAAAGAAAAUAUAGAGUAUAGCAGGAGGAGUGUGCCAGAGAAUGGUCUGGACUUGUCAUUAUCUUCUGCACUCUGAGCAGGACUCCAAGCCCAAAACAGCAGAUGUCCAACAGCAGCUCCAUCAGCGAGUUCCUCCUCCUGCCGUUGGGAGACACACGGCAGCUGCAGCUCCUGCACUUCUGGCUCUUGCUGAGUAUCUACCUGGCUGCCUUCCUUGGCAACGGCCUCAUCAGCACAGCCGUAGCCUGCGACCAGCGCCUGCACACCCCCAUGUACUUCUUCCUCCUCAACCUGGCCCUUCUCGACCUGGGCAGCAUCUCCACCACUCUCCCCAAAGCCAUGGCCAACGCCCUCUGGGACACCAGGGCCAUCUCCUACGCAGGAUGUGUUGCACAGCUCUUUUUCUUCGUCUUCUUUAUCUCAGCAGAGUAUUUCCAUCUCACCAUCAUGUCCUAUGACCGCUAUGUUGCCAUCUGCAAGCCCCUACACUACGGGACCUUGAUGGACAGCAGAGCUUGUGCCACCAUGGCAGCAGCUGCCUGGGGCACUGGGGUACUCUAUUCCCUGCUUCAUACUGCCAGCACGUUUUCACUGCCUCUCUGCCAAGGAAAUGUUGUCAACCAGUUUUUCUGUGAAAUCCCACAGAUUCUCAAGCUCUCUUGCUCAGGCUCCUCCCACAGGGAAGUUGGAUUUCUCAUUUUUAGUGUCAUUUUAUGCUUUGGGUGUUUUCUUUUCAUUGUUGUGUCCUAUGUGCAGAUCUUCAUGGCCGUGCUGAGGAUGCCCUCUGAGCAUGGACGGCACAAAGCCUUCUUCACAUGCCUCCCUCACCUGGCUGUGGUCUCCGUCUUUCUCAGCACUGCCUUUUUUGCCCUCCUGAAGCCCUACUCUAUUUCCUCCCCUCUCCAGGAUCUGACUGUGGCACUUCUGUACUCAGUGGUUCCUCCAGCAGUGAACCCCCUCAUCUACAGCAUGAGGAACAGGGAUGUCAAGGAUGCAUUGAGGAAAGUGAUGACCAAAUGUGUUUCAAAAGCAGUGAACUGCCCAUCUUUUGGAAUUCAUGGCUUGUAAUGCAGCUCUUUACUGAUUCAAGCUGUCCUUUAUUAUUUGGUUUGUGCCAUUUUAUCUGUGUUCUCAUUCUUCUUUAAAUAUAUUGUAAUGUUUUCACUACUAAGUCAUUAAUGAAACCAGUUCCUGUUCAGCUUGUCCCUUUAUAGUGUAGCCCAGACACACUGUACAUAAUGUACCAGGCUCUCUGCCUCUGUGAACCUUAACAGAAUAAAGGAAAUGCAGUCA